AUGGAUUCAAGAACUAUUGGUUUGGGUGCAUUAAGUGUGUUUUCUGAUAAUCUAAUAUCUGAAUCUAUUCUAUCAAAAUUACCUGCCGAGGAUUUAGGUAGAUCCGCAAGAGUAUCAAGAUUUUUUUAUGUAUUUUCUAGAGAUGACCAAUUAUGGAAGAAACAUUGUUUGGAUAAAUGGGGAGAUAAUAAAGAAGUAAUGAGAAAUUUCGUAUUUAGAGGAAAUUGGUUAUUAACAUACUUAUUUCCAAAUUUAUUAUCAGAAAAUGAAGAAAAAGAAAAAGUGUGGUCGCAUCCUAUUUGUAAACCAUUAAGAUUUACUGGAGAUUUUUUACCUAAUUAUUCAUGUGUACCACCAGAGUUGAAAUUACCAAUUGAGGAUGGAAAAUUACUUACAAAAGAAAAAUUUGAAUCAUUAUAUGAUUCACAAUCUAUACCUUAUGCUAAAUCAAAAUUUAGAAUAGCAAAUGAAGGAGGAGGGAAAUAUAGAUAUUUAUCAAUGACUUUGAAAUCUUAUUAUGACUACAUCAAUAAUCAACAUGAUGAAGCGCCUUUAUACAUAUUUGAUCCAAGAUUUGGUGAAGAAUAUCCUCAAUUAGUUGAAGAAUAUAAGAUUCCAAAAUAUUUUGAUAAAGAUUUUUUUUCAGUACUAGGAGAUAAGAGACCUCCUUAUAGAUGGAUAAUUAUUGGGCCUGCAAGAUCUGCUUGGAACACUGUUAUAGAAGGAAGAAAACGCUGGGCAUUGUACCCCCCAGACAUGUUUCCUCCAGGGCUGUCAAUAUCAAGUACGAUAAUUAACGGUCAUCAAUCAAUCUAUCAUUCAAGUGUUAUUGAUGACUCUAGAGAUACAACCACAUCAUUAUUCUGGUAUCUUGAAGUUUAUCCUCAAUUACCACCUGAAUUAAAACCGAUUGAAAUUAUACAAGAACCAGGUCAAACAAUAUUUGUAUUGAAUCUUGAUAAUUCAAUUGCUGUCACUCAAAAUUUUGUUAAUCUCCAUAACCUUGAAAAUGUAUGUGAAUCAUUAAUUACUGAAGAAAAAGGAAAAAAGGAUUAUCCAUACUUUGAAAAAUUUUUAUCAAGAAAACUAUCAAUGCUUGAUGAUAAUGCAGAUGAUCUUAUAAUAGUUCAAGAAGGUUUUUCAUCCAAGGCUGAAUUUAUUGAAGGAUUUAAAAAUUUGGACAUUUGGAAUGAUAGAAUAAUUAAAGUAUUGAGCAAACAUAAUUUAAAUGACAAUGAAAGGAUAAAAGUGGUUUCUAGUGGUUUUUCCAAUAAUAUAAGUCUAUCUAUUAUAAUUAAUAGUGGCCAAGAUUUGAUAAUCAAUUGGGAAAAAUUGGUUGAUUUUAUUGCAGAAAUAUUAUAUGCUAUUCAUUCACUUCCAUCUUAUAAUGAUAAUGAUAAUACCAACAACGAUACUACCAUUCAGAAAAGUUCUGAUUUUCAUGAUUACAUUUCUAAUCAAAUUUCAAAAGCUUUAAAUAAUCACUUAAGUUGGUUAAUAUUUCCAAUACAUUUAAUUUUACAAAUUUCUGAUUACUUACCAAAAUCACCAUUAGAAUUAUAUGAUCCAAAUUUAGACGGCGAAAAUUUUGCAGGAUUACUGCAUGGUGACUUGAAUUCAGAAAACGUUUUAGGAAUGAUUUCAGAAACUAAUGAUGAUGAUGAUAUUGAUGGUUCAUUAAACAAACAACAACAAUGGAAACCAAACAGAAUAAUAGAUUUGGGCGAUUCUUUAUUAUUUGGAGGCGAUCCAUUAUUUGAUUUAAUUCCUAUUUACAUUUCAACCUUUAAUUCAAUGUGGUACACUUUAUUAUGGAGCUAUGAAGGUGCAGCAAAAUAUACAUUAAACCAUUUUCCUGAUAUCAGAGAGUGUAAGAAUUGGGAAGAGGUUGAAGACUUGGUUUGGGAUAUUGAAAUAUGA